GGCUAUCAUCAGUCAAAACCAAGCGCGGUGCUUGAGAAAUCCAGAUGUUGAACUUGAAAUUGAGGUACAAAGCUACGUCGGCCACUCUCAAUUUAUUUCAGUUGGAUGCGUUUGGUAUAUUACUCCUGCGUGACGUCUUUGGGGUUUAUCUGUGUAAAGUGUUGGGAAAGUAUUCCAAACUUUCACGUGACUGUCUGUGGCUGAACCAACAGCUACUUUCCUUGAAAAAUAGUUGGCAACACUUGCUGCAUAGGCUACACGAGGAGCGACCUUAAAGAAGACUUACAAAUAUCACAAAGCCUGACUGGACACCUAGCUACUUUCGGUCUUUUAACACUUGGAUACCACAUGCACUGCACGUUUGGAAAUGUUGUGAUUGGUGAGGGAAUUAAAUAAAAAAAUUCUUGCGCGAUAAAGGAAAGCCUCUUCUAUUUCUCACGUAUUGCCAGAAGUGGAUAGGAUGGCUUUUCUCCACUUACUCGCUAUUGGGAUGUUUUCAUUGCCGCUCUGCGGUGCGUUUUUUAAUGGACCUCUGUAUCCCGAGAUGUCUAACGGCACGUUCCACCACUACUUUGUGCCAGACGGCGACUAUGAGAAUAACGAUGAUCCGGAAAAAUGUCAAAUGCUUUUUAAAAUGACAGACGACCGAAAAUGCGUUCUUGACGAGGACCAAGAUUCGGUCAUCCGAGACGAUUUCACGAUCAUCAAGAGACACAUCGAAGACGCGGCCAGAAUGCUGGAGGGGAUCGGAAAAAGUAUUUAUUUUGAUUUGGACGGAGAGGACAGCUAUGGAAAAUAUUUGAGAAGGGAGACGACUCAGAUUGGCGAGGCUUUUACAAACUCUGAAAAGGCUCUGUUAGAACUGGAGGUGAAAUUCAAACAGAGUCAGCAGAACGAGCUGAAGGAGGAGCACCGCAUAAACGACGACUUUCUGAACAUGGUUGUCCACACAAGGGACGUGCUAAAGGGAACACUGGACAUAUCUGUGGGGUUGAAGGAUAAACACGAGCUUCUCUCUCUCAUAAUUCGAAGUCACGGGACCAGAUUAGGCCGACUGAAAAAUGAAUACAUGAAGGUUAAACUUGGGUAAAUCGGUUAAACCUAGUUGUAAAAGUAGACUACGAGGAAAAUAAUAUUGUCGAAGUCAUGUCGAAUUUCAUUGCAUAUUUAUAUUAACGGAGAGAUAAAACAUGCAGAGACAGAUAUGAUACCAGUGUUUUAUUUAUUCAAAAAAAACAAUAGACCUAGUAAAAUGUAAUUAAUUGACAAUGUUGUCGGUUCAUUUUGUGUAGGUAGGUUUACUUGUGGCAACAUUAUUUGGGCAUUUGCAAUAUGGCGUUGCGUUAAAAUGCCUUUGCAAUUGAUAAUUGUCGAUGCCUUGCUCUGACAGAGAUUUCAAAGAUGACUAUUCAUUCAUAGCGGUGACGUUGUCUAACAGUUGCAACAGGUGUUAUUUAUACAGUAUGUGACAUAGGCCAACAGAAUCUACUUGGCAGCAUUUUUCUCUCAUAAAUCUUGCCUUCAAUUGAGUGAAUUUGGCUGGAAAUUAUUGAAAUGUUUACAAUGCAUCACAAUUUGCAUUUUUCUUUUUACAGUAAGGCCAAUUAACACGAGCUUUAAAUAAUACUUUGAACAAUUCUUGACUUUGUUAAACAUGUAAGGUUGUGACUUAUUAUUUCUAUAUCCCUUUGCCAUUUUGUGAAUGCAAUAUCAUUUGGGGAAAUGUUCAGAGCAUGUUAUUGGAAUAAAUGCUGUGCGUGUCAAUAUCUAUGUGACGGAAGAGCUUAAUUGUAUUCGUUAUUUUUGGCUAAUAUGUUUCAAUAUCUGCAAUAUAUAUUGUUUUUCUUUUUAAAAUUAUAUAUAUGGCAACAAGUAUGAUAAAUACUUAAGACUGCAGGCAGCACUCAUGGACUUCAAACACUGAUGUCUGUGGCAACAUUCCUAAAAGGUUUUGUGUGUUCCGUUUUUAAUUAAAGAUUUUGUGUUUGAAGUUCUACUCAGGUGUUGGGACAACUCGUUAUUAUAGACAAGACUGAACUACAGCUGGUGAAACCAAUGAUUUGCACAGCUUUCUAUGUCAAAUGGUAGUUGGCCUCUUUACAGGUUCAUCUCUUGUAUGACCUAAAUUGAUAUUGUUGUAUAAUGAUACCAUCUAUUUUUUAAUAUUUGUGCAAAUCUUUCUAAAACAGAAAAUGGACAUCAAUGAACAAAGAGGUAUCUGAACAAAAUCCAAGGUAUGAAUACUGUCAUGUGCUAUUUUGUGGAUUCACAGACUUCACCCCCGUACAUCUCUGAUGAAUAUAACAGGAAACCUGUUUGAUCACCAUGCACUGCAAAAUCAUUUUGGCUAUGGAUACGGAGAACAUCAACGCAUUAACAUCAACAGGCCAGAGGAUAUACCCAUUGGACUUGGGGCUCUGCUGGGAGUUUAACUCAUAUUUGGAUAUUUUUAUUCUGCUUUGCCAUUUAAAUCAUAAUAAAUACUGACAACUAAAAUAGCACUCUUCAUGACAUUGUUCAUAUCCCUCUUGUUGGUGGAAAUAAUUUUUCAUUACUAAAGCAAAUAUUCUUGCAAUUCUAUACAUUUGAUAUUAAAAAUGACAACAGAAUCUGUGCUAAAAAAAAUAAAUAAAAACGUUAGUUGGCUUGG